AUGUCUAUGGGGGGUAGUGAAACAAUGGAUGAAGAAGAAGCGUUUAUGGUUUCGGAUGCGGAUGAUUCAUCGACAUAUUCGGAUGAUGAUGGCAUUGUGAUGGAUCCACCCGUCAUCAACACCGAUCACCGCUAUGAUAAUUGUGCUGACUGUCAGGUGUUGGAAGCAGAGCAAGUGGCUAACGAAAUGAAUGUCAUAAUGGAAGAUGUGGCUGCAAUCGUACGUUUACCUCCAACGGUGUGUAGAUUGCUAUUGCAUCACUAUAAGUGGAACAAGGAAAGUCUUCUAGAAAGGUUUUACGAAUCUUCUGAUCCGGAUGCAUUUUUCGCAGAUGCCAAUAUAGUGUCUCCUUUUAAAUCUUGUCGACGUACGGAUAACACACAUGAGAUAAUGGAAGAAGGUCGAGCAUAUGUGGCGUGCCCUCAGCUAGAUUGUCCCAUUGUAGUAAACGACGAGAAAACACUGGCACUGAUCAAGAACGAAACGGUUAAGAAGCGUUAUCGUCAUCUUAUCAUCAACAGUUUUGUGGAGUGCAACAGACUGUUGCGUUGGUGUCCAGCCGUGGAUUGCGGUCGUGUGAUCAAGGUGACGCAUUCAGAAGCACGUCCAGUGAUGUGUAAAUGCAAAACAGUGUUCUGCUUUGCUUGUGGUCAUGAAUGGCAUGAACCCGUCAACUGUAGACUGCUAAAACUUUGGCUCAAGAAGUGCAGUGAUGACAGUGAAACAAGCAACUGGAUCUCUGCUAACACCAAAGAAUGUCCUAGGUGCCAGGUAACAAUCGAAAAGGAUGGUGGCUGCAAUCAUAUGACAUGCAAAAAUGCGGCAUGUAAAAUGGAAUUCUGUUGGAUGUGUCUGGGACCGUGGGAGCCGCAUGGUAGUUCAUGGUAUUCAUGUAAUCGCUUCGAUGAUACUGUUGCCAAACAAGCUCGUGAUGCACAAGAGCGAAGCCGUGCAGCGUUGCAAAGAUACCUCCAUUAUUACAAUCGUUUCAUGAAUCAUCAACAAAGUCUCAAACUCGAAAGCAAAGUUGAUCUUACCUUUCUUCUCUUGUAUGCAACAGUGAAAAAUAAAAUGGAAUUAAUGCAACAGUCCAAUAUGUCUUGGAUUGAAGUGCAGUUCCUAAAGAAAGCAGUGGAUGUGCUCUCUGAGUGUCGUCGUACACUUAUGUACACCUAUGCGUUUGCGUUCUACCUGCAAAAAGAUAAUCAAUCGGUGAUUUUCGAAGACAAUCAACGUGAUCUAGAAUUGGCUACCGAACAACUCUCAGAAUUUCUCGAAAGGGAUCUCAAUCAAGAAAAUUUGGUCACACUCAAACAAAAGGUACAAGAUAAAUAUCGUUAUGUGGAUCAGCGUCGUAACACGUUAUUAAAGCAUUGCGCAGAGGGUGUUGAGCGUGAUUUCUGGAGGUUCACUCAGUAA